AUGUUAAUCUAAAUAUUACUAAUACUUUUUGGGAUGUUAUUCUGUUUGUUUUUAAUCAAGCCUUUGGUUGUUAUGAUGAAAUUAAAAUUAUAAUUUGGGUCAGCUUGUAGAAUCUAGUUUGGAAUAUAUUAAAUUUUGGGAUUGCAUAGCUCAUCUUUAAUUGAGAAGAUGAGGAGACAAUCGAUACCAAAAACUGUCAAUUUUAUUGUACAUAAUUUCGCUUGGACUGUUUAAAUCUUAAUCAUUGAUCCUGAUUAUUAUCAAUACAUGUUAAUCAACCAUGAAAAUUAUUCUUAAAUUAAUGAUUUAAAUUCAAAGUAAAAUAAUAUUUUUAAUCAAGCCAAUUAUUGGAUGAAGGAAUAAUGUUUCAAUAGGGAGAAAAGUGGAAGAAAUAAAGGGAAUUAUUUAUUUAGUAUUUUGAUAUUGAGAAACUCAAAAGUAAUUUACCAACCAUAAAUGAGAUUAUUCAAAAACAUAUCAAGUAAUAUGAUUAAUCUAAUGAUAAUAUUAAAAGUCUAAUAUUGAAAAUAAUCAGUGAUAUUUAUCUUUAUAGCUUUUUUGGAUAAGAUGCAAAUAAAUUGUAGAUUAAUCACAAAUGUAUAGGACUAGAAACUAUAGAUUUGUUUUAAUCCUUAUCAAAACUUAGUAAUAAACCCUAUUAUUUAUGUAAAAAAAUUCUUUUUGGAGUCUAAGCUUUAAAAAUGUUUCCUAAUGCAGAAGAAUAAAUCAUUCAAACAAAAAUAAAUAAUAUUAAGUUCUCAAUUGAAAAAAUUAUUCAAAAAAGAAUAGUUUAACAUGAACUUAAAUUGGAUGAAGAUGAAAAUGAAAUAUCCCAAAUUCCAGAUGAUUUCCUUAGUUUAUAUAUUUAAGCUUAUCUUUAAUCUAAAAAAGGGAACAAUAGAAUAUCUUUUGAGGAAAUAAAAUAACAAUUCUUUACUUUCUUUAAAAUAGGCAGUUAAACAACCACUUAAAUAAUUUAAGCAAGUUUACACUAUUUGGCAGAAUAUCCAGAAAUCUAGAAUCAAUUAAGAUAAGAAAUAUUGAGCUUUUGCAAAUUAGAAAUUAUUCAAACUCAAGAAUUAAAGAGCUUAGUACACUUAAGUGCUUUCUUAAAUGAAGUGUUGAGAUUCAUUAAUCCUCUUCCUAUUGUUAGAAAGGUGUAAAAAUCUCACUUCAUAAAAGAUUUAAAAUUAGAUAGAGGUAGAUAUAUUUUUAAUCAUUCAUAGAUUGGAUUGUAAUGAUAGAUUAUUCAAUUACUAAUUUAUAAGAAAAAUAUUAUGAUAAACCUAAAGUAUUCGAUUACUAGAGAUGGCUCUAAUCUUAAUCCAUUAAAGAGAACAAUAAUUAUAUUUUUAUACCAUUUUCAAAUGGACCAAGAAAUUGUGUUGGGUCAAGUUUAGUAACGAUAAUUUAUCAGAUAAUCCUUGCAAAUAUUUUAAGGAAUUUUGAAAUAACUAAUAACGAGAUAUCAGCAACUAACAAGGAAAUUGCUUUUGUACAAUACGAUAAUUCUUUAAAAUUAAGACCAAUUAACUAAAGAUGAUAUUAUACAAUAAAAUC